AUGUCCAAUGUGUGGCUAUACAUGCCACAAUGUGCAUCUGUCCUUCGCCUCAUACAACUCGCUAGCGAACCGCAUCUGUUUGUCACAUUUACAGGGGCAGAAUUUAUUCUCAUUGGAUACUUGGCCGACUACAACCACAUCUACCCCAUCUAUUGUGACAAAGUAUUCGAGAAUGGACAUCCACCCCUCGAGCACUUUGGUCUUGCUAAUCCAGUCUUCCAACAUGCCACUGAGAUGCCUGCCAUUGGCACGUCUGCGCCACUGUUGGAUUACGUUGAUCUUGCAUACAGUGACUUCAACUUCUACGAGCAAUCCACCGGAUGUUCUCUGGUUAAGUCGUUCUCCAGUGUCAAAUCAGACCUAGGAAAAGUCCUCAAAGGUGCAAUGUCAGCACACCCCGACUUUGCCACCAAGACAAAGCAGAAGGCUAUCUCCUUCAUUCUGAUUUUUAACUUGGGCAAUCCCUCUCAGGAUGAGAUGAAGAAGAGGAAGAAGAACAUGACCACGAGUGAGGCCAAGGCCGAGAUGAACACUGAUGUCGACAUCAGCACUAAUAUCCUGGAACCAGCACCAAUGAAUGCCAUUAUCAUGGUGGCUCUGGACCAUAUGUAUGACCAACCACACAUGUUUCCAGAGUUCUCAGAGGCUAUGAGGAGCCUCCCCUUCAUAACAUAA